AUGGCGGACAGUCGGCGUUAUUUACCAAAUCUUUUAAGAUGAUUAAGCCGAAGAAUAUCUAAACUAACAUUAGCAAGAAAACCUAUCUUUGUCCCGUAUUUUUCCAUAUCGUUCCUUGAAGAUAUGGGCUCCACUCAGCGGGAAGGAUCGGGAGAUUUCAUCUCAAUUUCCAUGCCAUGGAAUACUGGCCAUAGAAAUGAUGACAACAGCAAGGGACGCCGACAUACUUCACUGUACAGGAAAUGGCGAGCCAUGUCUUCUUUUCAAAGAUCGCUCAUUUUUCUGCUGUGUGUUCUUGGUUGUGUAACUUUUUUGUGGUGGCGUAAAGGACUGAUGGCGCACAACUUGGCCAUUGACAAUGUGGAUGAAACUGUAGAUCAUCAAGGUCACACGAUUUCUGAGGAACAUUCUCCCAAGUUUAACAGAGUUAAUAAACAGGAAAUUAUUGAAAAUAAUUUAAAAGAACUGGAAGAACUUCGGAAGCAACAUGCCCUGGCAAUAAAGAAAGGGCCCCCAAAGUUGAAAAAUAGGGAUAAACCAAUUGAGGACAAUAAAGACAAUAACAAUAACCUUAAUUCAAAGGAAGAAACAAAUCUGGGGGAGAUUCAUGGUGAUACAGGUGUACAUAAUGAGGAUAAGCUACCAGGUGACGUUGGAGCAGAUACUGCUGGUGAUGGUGAAGCAAAUCCUGCAGAAAAUAAUGAGAAUUUUGCUCUGAACAUUAAUGGAGUUAACAUACUGCCAUUAGAUAAACAAAAUCAACGUCAAAAGAAAGUUGUAGAAGCAUUCAGACAUGCAUGGGAUGGUUAUAGAAAAUAUGCUUGGGGUCAUGAUGAAUUACGUCCCAUUUCCAGAUCACACAGCGAGUGGUUUGGUAUAGGGCUGACAAUUAUUGAUUCACUGGAUACCAUGUUGUUAAUGAACCUGCGUGAAGAAUUUCAACAGGCUCGUGAAUGGGUUGCUAGCAGCUUGACCUUUGAGAAAAAUGUUGAUGUGAAUUUGUUUGAGACAACAAUCCGUGUACUUGGAGGACUCUUGAGUGCUUAUCAUUUGUCUCGAGAUGACCUGUUUUUGAAGAAAGCAAUUGAUUUGGGAGAUCGCCUCCUGCCAGCUUUUCACACGCGAUCAAACAUUCCAUAUUCUGAUGUGAAUCUACUGACUCAUACAGCUCACCCUCCUCGCUGGGGUCCAGAUAGUUCAGUGUCUGAGGUCACUACCAUACAGCUGGAGUUCCGAGAUCUCGCUUAUAUCACAGGGGAUGCAAAAUACAAGAGUGCAGUAGAUACAGUAAUGAGUCAUGUUCAUGCCCUUCCCAAGCGGGCAGGCCUAGUACCAAUCUUUGUGAAUGCAGAUACAGGCAAGUUUCGGCCUGGUGCAACAAUUACCUUGGGUGCUCGGGGGGAUAGCUACUAUGAGUAUCUUCUAAAGCAGUGGCUACAGAGUGGGAAAACUGAGAAUUGGCUUCGAGAUGAUUUUGUCGAGUCUAUGGAUGGAGUCAUGUCUCUUUUGAGGAGAGAAUCUGAACCAAGCAAGUUAGUGUACAUUGGUGAACUUCUGCAUGGCUCAACAUUCAGCCCUAAGAUGGAUCAUUUAGUGUGUUUUCUGCCAGGAACAUUAAUGUUGGCUGUUCAGAAUGGCCUGGACAAGAAAUACGAACAAUUUGCUAAGGAUCUGUUGGAGACAUGUGUUCAGAUGUACAAACGUAUGCCUACUGGAUUAAGUGCUGAACUGGUCUACUUUAACCAGGGGUCUUCAAAACACGAAGAUAUUCAAGUCAGGCCAUUAGAUGCCCACUGUUUGCUACGACCAGAAACUGUAGAAUCAUUAUUUAUUCUUUACCGUCUUACGAAAGACAAGAAAUACCAGGAGUAUGGCUGGUCCAUAUUUCAAGCCAUUGAGCGACAUGCCAAGAUAAGCACUGGAGGAUAUUCGUCGCUAAACAGUGUCAAAGACACAAAUUUGGGAUUCAGAGACAAAAUGGAAAGCUUCUUCCUCGGAGAGACACUUAAGUAUUUAUUCUUAUUAUUUAGCGAUGUGGACAUGGUGCCACUUGAUAACUUUGUAUUUAAUACAGAAGCCCACAUAUUCCCAAUAAGGAAAUCCUAACCGACGGAACAUUAGGUAGGUUGCCGUCGAGGUAAUAAUGGUCACUUCAUUUUUCAGGUGAGUCACGCGUAAAGCGCGCAGCCGAGCUAUAUUAAAUCGGAAACUGGAUGUGAGAAUAGCGAAAAAAUCACGCCGCGCGAAAGCUGAAAUGGGUUACGUAUAAGGGCUACGCGGAUAAUGUGGAGGGAAUAACAUAUCGGGUUUUCCGUACGUACGUGUUCCACGGACCAAGGAGAAAUGACAGGGUACGGGUUUCCUUGACAUCUAGGGUGUUGUGGUAGUUCUUAUUGCUGAGGAGACUGCUUUUUUUUAUAUAACUAUCCCAGCUGUUUUUUAUCUCCCGUCUCUUUAUGAAAGGUCAAGUGUGGGUAAUCGCGCUCCACGAGUUUCCGCUCUCUUCCCUGAGAAAUCCGACAACGCCCUACCCUCCUAUAGUGAAAUCGGUGGUUUAGUAUAGUUAAACUUUGAUACCUGUGUAAAGUUCAUGGCGAAGAGCCAUUGCACGAAGCAGUCCUUCUGUAAAUUGGCACAAUUCGUUGCGUAGACUUAAAUAUCUUUCCUUAUACGGUGAUACAACGGUGAAUAACUUCGACAAACACUUAAUUUAAAACAGAAAUCGGAUGAAGGGGAUCAAAACAAACGCUCGUUCUGAAGUUAUUUCGUGCAGUGACUAAGCAAGUUGUUGUGAUUCGUCUUCGGAUUGCGGAUGAGACUUAAAGUUAACUAUCAGCACGCAGUUUGGAGUGGUUUUCAUUGAAUGUCGAAAUGCCAAAACCCUAUUUAUCGCGAUGGCCAAUCAGAACGAACGUUUGCGAUAUCAUUAGCCUAUGGGAACUCAAAGGAAAGACUGAAUACUGCUAAUAGGGCGGGAAAACGCGGCGACCAAUUUGAUUCAGAUUAGCCAUGGGAAUGGCGCCAAUUUUCUCGACCAAACACAGAGCGAGGCAACGCAAAAACAGGGUGAUCCUGGCUUAGUUUCGACACUCAAAA